AUGCGCUUCGUCCAAGAGCUCGCUGUCGCUGUCGUGAGUCUCGCGCCGCUGGCUUGCGCUGUUGAUCCGUCUCUACAUUCAAGACAGGCUCAGCAAAGUCUCAGCAAUGCGCUGACAAGCCACGCCGAUCUCUCCACGUUCAACGAAAUUCUGAACGGCUAUCCGAGCAUUAUAAGCAACAUAACCGCUGUGACGAAAAAUAAAGUUACUCUCCUAGUGCCGACCAAUGUUGCCCUCGCCAAGUUUCUUCAACAGUCCAACGUCAGCGAAAUCACGCAGCUUCCCGUGAACCAACUCUUGACCAUCUUGCGAUACCAUACUCUGGAUGCUCCGUUGACGGCCUCGAAUUUCAGCGCGCCCAGGGGUAUCACAGUCCCCACCAAACUUCGAGAUGAGCUCUUCAACCUUCGGACACCUGGACCUGCCAUCAUCGACCAAGUUAGGCAAGGGACCCCUUCCGAUGAUCACACCGCGAGCCUGCGCGGUGGCCUUGGUCAGACUGCCGAGCUCACAUCGAUCGAUGGGGUGUGGGAUGGCAGAUAUUUCCAAUCUGUCGAUGCUGUUCUAGAAGCCCCGGCAGUAUGUUCCACCACCAUCAAGAAGCUCUCAAGCUCACUAUCGGCUCUCGGAGAUGCAUUGGACAAGAUCAAGCUAUGGAGACAACUCGACAAUACCGCCAACAUCACAUGCCUGGGACCCAACACCGCUGCUUUCAAGGAGGCAGGCAGCCCCCAGAGUUCUCUCGGAAACGAAGACCUCAAGAACGCGUUGCUUUUUCACACUCUACCUCAGACAGCUUACAGCGACUUCCUCGUGGAUGGCCAGGAAUUCACCUCGAUGGCCAACGUGACUGUUCGCGUCACGAUCAAGGACAACGAGAUCUGGUUCAACGAUGCCAAGGUCAUUAGCCCCAACGUCCUGACCAACAACGGACUCAUCCACAUCUUGGACCGCGUAAUGUCCGCCAAUGCCCUGCCGGACUCCUCGACUUCCUCACCGACGGGGACGGGCUCGGCUACCCCUACUUCAACCGCCACGCCCCCGAAUGCCGGGAACCCCAUGUCAGAAAGUAUUCGUGCCGCCGCAGUCAUAGCUCUUGCGGCCGGUUUGCUGCUGGUGUGA